AUCCGGACAAGGAGAAGAAAGUUCUCGAACGAUCCACGGGAUCUAUGAUCGAUGGCAAAGCAGCCUUUUCGAUCCAUCCGCGUGUCUAAUGGUCGCGUGAAAAAUGACGCGUGAUGAUCUCUGUUUCAGUCUGAGCCCGAGCGUAGAGAGAAGCUCGCUAAACUCGACUAAAAGGACUGCACUCUCCUCACGAAGGACUGGCCGGUGGCUCCGGUCAAGCCAUGUCCGGCCUCGCCUACUAUCAGCCGGAGCACCCUGCCUCCACGGGGGUGGUCAAGUACCCCGAGAACGGUCACGACACCCUCUCGGAUUUCGUGACGUUCGUCUGCCAGGAGGCCGAGAAUACCCAGCAACUGCCCCAGGCGCAGCUAGCCGGACCCCGGACUGGUAUACAAAAGUUCUCACAGUAUUAUCCGAGCUCGAUGCUGCCCCCGCCUCCCCCCGCCCCGAUGGCCAGGCCCGUCGCCAUCAUAAGGUCGACGGGCGAGCUGACGGCGGCGAGCUCGAACUCGCCCCCCACCUCGUCCACCUCGCCCACGGACCCGGCCGAGCUCGCGUCCAAUCAGGAGCAAAUGGCCGCCGCUGCGGCGGUGGGACUGGUCAGUUCCGGUUGCCAGAGCUCCGUGGAUCCGGCCGGAAGGAAGAGCCCAGCGAGGAUCCUCGUCACGGCGCCCCACACCAGCAGGGAGUACACGUUUGCUCACUUUCACUCUCAGCCUGGACAGCAAAUAUUCACGUAUCCUACGAUCAGCUCGAUGUCGGGGGUGAUCUCGCCCACCAACCUGUCCCUGUUCUCGUCGCCCGUCUCGGUGACGAGGCCGGUCGCCACCCAGAGAUCGGUUUCCAACGUGCCGCCCCGUUGGAACACGGCGCCGUUCAUCAAUCUCGAGGACGACUACAACAUGAUCGCUCCGAUCAUCACGGGGACAGCCAGCGAGCCCCCCUCCACCAUGGACGAAGACCGAUACUUCCAUCCGGUGCACACGAGCAGCGUGGUGGACAAGAGCGGCGGGGCUGGUAAUUUGAUGGGGACGGAUCUGGGCGUGGCCACCGAUCCUACCUCGCACCACCAUCAACAGGCCCAACAGCAGCAGCAACAACAACAACAACAACAACAACAACAACAGCCGCAGCCUCAACAGCAACAAGCUGGCCAACAGCAGCAGCAGCAGCAGCAGCAACAAGUGAUGCAGGACAAGAGCGGAGGCCCAAGUCUCCCCCGUGACACUGGAGGCUUGGAGCGGAAAGCGUGGAGAAGCUCGCGUGUUCCACGGGGUCGUUACUCACCGGCGCGUACGAUAAUUGUUACCCUGAGCCGGAGGGGGGUCGCCAGGAUUCCCCGUGUCGUGUUCAGCUUCGCGACCUAAGCCUGCGGAGAAUCGAGUGCCUGAGAGUCUGAUCGUAGUUUAAGGGGGCCGCGUCGAGGGGUGGAUCCCGCUUCCGGUCCCUCCCCGAAAGGGGAGGGGCGUACCUUGCCAAAACCUCGCCCGAUUGCGGCCAAGGGAUUCAAGGGGGCGACUUGUUUCUUCUUCAUUCCUCUCCGAGGAACGGUGCCUUUCCGCUUUUCCGUGAUGAUGAUAAACGCUUCUCGUCUUUUCGCUUUUUUCUCUCUCUCUC